AUGAGCAGCCAAUUCUAAUAAGGUAGAUCCUAAAGCAUUAGAUUUCUAUAAACUGAAACAAUUUAUGAGCAACCAUUCUUCACUCCUAAUGUUGAUAUUCUCUCCAUCUCUGAAAAUCUUUAUUUAGAAAAGAUUAAAAAAUAAGCAACUUCUAAAGACUAAUCUCCUCAAAAAAGGCAAGAAUCUCCAAAAAAGCCUUAAAUGUAUUAGCCAAAAUUAGUAAAACAUCAAGAAAUUCAUAAGGAUGUUAAAGUUUUACAAGUAAAUUAUAAUGAAAAAGCAAUCCAACCUAUAGAAUUAAUUUCAAAGCCUACAACAGAACAUAAGUAACUGAUAGGUAGAGCGAAGGUUUUAUUGUUAUAAUAACGUUCAUUUAAUAUGAAAAAGUACUUCAAAAUUGCAACCCUUGCAAUAAUAGCUGCUAUAAGAAUCAAGAAAUCUUUAAACUAUUCUCUUUGGAAGAAGUAUUAAAUUCAAUUAAAGAACAUUACUUUUUUUCUUAAACUUGAGCUAGUAUAAACUGAAAGAAUUAAUGCUUGGUGUAAAGCAGUUUGUGCUAAAUCACUUACUUCAGUAAAUCAAUAAUUACAUAAUUUUAUUGAUUAUCAAAAUGACAAAGAAAAAGUAGAUUUUUCAAUGAUGAAAUCAAUUAAUUCUCUAUAGUUUUUAUUAGAGAAUUUAGCCUUUUUCACUUAACCAAAAUACUUUUGUGAAGAAUUGAAAUAUUAUUUAUUAAGUUAAGUAUUUUUAGAUCACAAAUCUUAUUUUUCUAAAUUUGUUUCUAAUAGAACAUAAUAUUUGCACACAAAAAAUAGAUAAAUAAAACAAGAAGAAUUAACUAUGAUUUUAGUAGAAUCAAUAAUAGUUGACUAGAUCUUAGUAAAUAUUUUUGAUUCGAAUUAAAAGUGUUUAUUUUUACUAAAACUUGUAGCAAGUUUACUUUAAUAUUAUUUUAUCAAAAAAUUUAAUAAACUCAAAUAAAAAAAGACCAUUAUUCAAAAAUUUAGUGCUCAUUAAAUUAUAUAAUUAGAAAAUAAAAUUAAAUUGAAUUUAAUACUAAAUCCAUUAAACAAUGAAUUCCUUAUAAUAGGGCUUUAUAGAGAUGAAGAAAUACAAAAUCUAUUAAAUUAUAAAAAUACUACAUCUUAACAAAUGGAUUUAAAUUUUGAGAGAUUUUGUUGUAAUCUUUACACAACUAUUUUGGCAUGA